AUGGGUUUUAGAUUCUAUGCAAAACACAGUAAUAGAAAAGAGUCUCCUGAUUCCGGAGGAAAGCCUGGUACGUUAGCGCCAGGAAGCGGCCAUCAAAGAUCUGAUGAAAUGAUGAUGCAAGCCAAGAAGAUCAAGUACGACGUCAUCGGACUGACUGAGACGAGACGACAUCACCCUCUCAACGCCGUAUAUGAAACUGGAGAAGAACUGCUCUUAGGAACAUGCGACAGUAGAGGUGUUGGAGAAGUUGGCGUCCUCGUCAACAUGAGUAUGGCAAAGAACAUCGACUCUUUCGAACAACUUACGACCCGAAUCGGAUGUCUGCGGAUGAGAAGAUGUGGUCCAACACCAACUUCGACUACCUUCAUCGCUUACGCUCCAACAUCAAGCUACGAUGAAGAAGAAGUCGAAGCUUUCUGUAUGGACCUGGAGAAGUUCUACCGAGAAGAUCAUGCCUUCUUCAAGGUCAUAAUUGGCGAUUUCAACGCCAAAGUUCUACCUGACGGACGUCGCUGUAGUACCAAAGUUCUAUACGGGAUCGGACCAUCGCCUCCUCCGAGGAAGAUUUUCUUUCACAAGGAGAGCAGAGAAAGCCGUCAAGUUUGGAGAGAGAAAUCCCAGGACUAUCAUCAACUGGGACCUCUUCGCUACGUUAGCUGGUUUUUGGAAGAUUCCGCAGUGGACAACAUCGACGAGGAAUAUGACCCGCUCGUUGAACACCCUCGCACGAAGAAGGUUGAGAGUUCUAAAACCACCAAGAGACGCCGGUCUCUUGAAACUCUUGAGCUGAUACGCCAGCGUGGAGCAGCGCAAGCCGCAGGGAACCAAGAACUCACGUCCGUGCUCGCAAGGCUUUGCAGAGAGGCGACAAAGGAAGAGCUUAAAGAGAGAAAAGCAGAACUGCUGGCUGAAGCUGCAGAGGCGGGGAAAAGCGUCCGUUAUGCCCGUCGAGACUUUGCCAGUCGCAAGACAAGGAUGACUGCUGUCCGGAACCCGAGGGGAACAACCAUUGCAUCGAGAAAAGGGAUGGAGAAAAUCAUCUACGACUUCUACUCUGAUCUCUUCGACAGCCAUGUCCACUUGCCUCCUGACCAUCUGAGGGAAGACGGACAUAUCACUCCAGAUGUUCUCCCGUCCGAAAUACGGCACCCGGCCCCGACAGAAUAA